AAUUAUGAGGAGAAAUAUGCUGAUGAACCUCUUGGUGAGGAGUUGAGGGAAAACUCCCGAGUGUUCAAGGUUUAUCUGGAUGAGGCAGAGAGCUUUGAUAAUGAUAUGAUGAGAGGAUUCAGAGAAACAAUUGAUUCUUUGCUUGUAUUUGCAGCACUUUUCUCUGGUGUUGUCACAUCUUUCGUGAUUGAAACCAUAUCUGCACUCCAACCAGAUUAUUCCCAAAUCACUGCAGUCCUGCUGGUGGAGCAGGUUCAAAUCCUCAGAGCUGCAGGAAAUUCCACUGCCAUCAAUACUGUUCCUAAAUCUACUGUGAAUCUACAGAAUGCUUCUGUAGCUACUGAAGAUCUUUGGAUCAAUGGUCUAUUCCUUGCAAGCUUGUCACUAGCCUUGACCACUGCACUCUUGUCAGUCCUUGUCAAACAGUGGCUUCAGGCUUAUUGCUCCAUGUCAGCAGGAAGUGCAAAACACAGAGCUUUGGUCCGUCAAUUCAGAUAUGCUGGACUUGUAAAAUGGAAGGUCACAGAGAUUGUGGGAAUCCUUCCCCUUAUCCUGCAUACAUCAUUGGCUCUAUUCCUCAUAGGAUUGUCAUUAUACAUCUCAGAGCUC